AUGGCCAGUGAAACACCAAGAGUUGACCCCACCGAAAUAUCCAAUAUCAAUGCCCCUGUGUUUAGAAUAAUAGCGCAAAUAAAGUCACAGCCCACUGAGUCUCAACUGAUCUUGCAAUCACCCACCGUAUCAUCGAAAAACGGCAAUGAAGUCGAGAUGAUUACUUUGAACAACAUCCGUGUCUCCAUGAAUAAAACUUUUGAGAUAGAUUCGUGGUAUGAAUUUGUUUGCAGAAACAAUGAUGAUGGCGAACUAGGGUUUUUAGUUCUUGACGCUGUCCUAUGCAAAUUUAAGGAGAAUGAAGAUUUAAGCUUAAAUGGUGUGGUCGCUUUACAAAGACUAUGUAAGAAAUACCCAGAAAUAUACUGA